GGUACAGAGUUUUGCCAUCAUAGCCGACAGAGCUCAGGUAGCUUCUCUCAAUCACAAUUUCCAUGUCAUAUGAGGAACAGUGAACUCGACCUUACAGACAACAAGUGCAAGAAAUAUAGCCUGACUUACUUGAAGGUGUAAAGCCUGACUUGUACUUGUGUGCCCUUGUUUAUUUGUGUCCUUAUCCGUCGUACUUUUUUCUUCAUUUUGAAAACCUGCUGUUCGAUUAAUUGAGGAGAAACUCGACUGAGUUCUGAUGCAGUGUGGCACUGAACCAACAAGAAGAGCAACAGGGAGAAUACAUUCUGGGUCCAGCAACUGAAGAUGAAUCGUCAACACGGAGAAGGCCACAAACACAGUAAUGUUGGCGGUGUGUUGGAAAAAGCCUCAUUACCUCUCUCAAAAUCGUCUCAGCCAGAGGAGAAGCAAAACUAGGAUUCAGCAGUGGAGUGAAUGAGUUAAAGUAGAGACUGCAGAAAGUGAAGAGUUGGAAAAGCCAAGGAUGAGCUUGCAUCAUCCCCCUUAAGUCAACAUGUAGAGGGACGUUGGGUGGUCUUUUUCUUCUCUCGUCAGUACAAAGCGGGCUAUGAGUCAUGGCAGCAGAGCCCCUGACUCAAUGCUGCUUUGGUUAAUCAGUAACCAGAGUGGGAGCAGCGAGAGUGGCUGCUGGGUUUAAGUAAGAGAGCAGAGGAGCCAGGACUUCAAUCAGCUGCAGAAGACACACAUGAAAGUAAUUCACGUCACUGCGUUACAAGAUAUUUCUGUACAUUUGGAGGCAUUCUGGAGCUUGACGAAACGUGAAUCAGUUACUUUGACCUCUGUCAUCAGUGGGGACACAGGUGAGUUGAUUUUGUGCGUGAGCUCACUCGUUUUAUUGAUCAGAAACCAAGGCCAGGUCCUGUGGUACGUGUCCAAACAGAGGGGAAACAUACUGUUUGCUCACCUCCUCCGAGAGUCCAUCAGUCCACAUCUUUGCUCGAGGGAUAAAGUCCUAUUUUUUGCAUAAGAGCACUUGUCAGAGUUCUGUUUUAACGUGUUUUAAACGAAGAGAAAUACAAGAUGGUGUUUACUUUGCAUUCAUGGCGAGUUAUAGAAACACCAUCACACUGUUCAGCUGAGAACAGGACCAGAGAAGUUUGUUCAUGCAUCUUUUAAUCCGGCAUGUGUUUAUAUGUAGCAGUAACAAUGUAAAUGCAACCAUAUAAUGUGAACACUUGUGUCUCUUAUCUCGGGGGCGAAUGAAAUAUCUUUCUUUUUCUACUCAGUAAUGACAUAGAAACCUGUGUGCGCACACAUAGAUGGGUCUCAUUAUCUAUGCGACCUCUGUUGCAGAGGUUAACGUCUGCUCUCAUUCACUGACCAGCAGGAGAGAGGACACACAAAGAGCCAUCCAUCAGUCCCUGACAUGCCUCUCUGUGCCCAAUGCUGAGAACAAAUUGUUAUCAAGCAACGACAAAGAGAAAGCGGAAAUGCAGAGAUUGUCUCUUCUAGUCGUCCUCGUCCUCGGCUGCUGCCUGUCGGCAUGUCAGGCCAACCGCGUCUACAUUCACCCCUUCAACCUGUUUGCCGCCGAGAAUGUGAGCUGUGAAACGCUGCAGACCCAGUCUUCCAAGCACCUGGAGACACUUCCCGUGACCCCUCUCGAUAUUGAAGUCCUGACACCGGACAGCAGGGACCAGUCCAAAGGGGAUGCACAGAGGCAGAACAUCACAGAGGGGACGGCGGUUCUGGCACAGCAGUUGAACUUUCUGGGUCUGAGGAUGUACCACGCUCUCAGCGAAAAGCAGCCCAGCACCAACACCCUCAUGUCUCCAGUCAACACCUACGGAUCCCUCGUCACUUUCCUCGUGGGGGCCUCCAAGAAGACGGCGAGCUCGUUCCAGAAUUUACUGGGCCUGAGCAGCGGCACCGACCGAGAGGACUGUGUGUCCUUGGUGGACGGACACAAGGUCCUCAAGACCCUGCAGAGCAUCAACUCUCUGGUGGACGUCGGACCCAAAGACAAAAUCACCACCCAGGUGUGGGCCUUCACGCGCCAGGACGUCCAGCUUUCCCAGGACUUCAUCCAAGGCACGCAGGACUUCUCGGACACGUCGUUCACCCGCAGCGUGGACUUCUCCAAACCUCAGGAGGCCGAGGGUCUGGUGAACGACUUUGUGGAGAAGACGUCAGACGGGAAGUUGAAGGGCGUCUUCAAAGACGUGAACUCCAGCAGUGACCUUCUGUUUGCUACUUCCUUCAACUUCCAAGGCAGCUGGAAAACCGCCUUCCAGCUAGAGAAUAGCACGUUGCAGUUUCAUGUGGACGAAGCAACAACAGUGUUGGCUCCACUGAUGACCCACACGGGUCGGUACCACUACCUGAAUGAUAAGGUGCUGCGCUGCACCGUUGUGAAGUUGCCCCUGAGCAAACGCUCGUACAUGUUGCUGGUCCUGCCUCACGAGGGAACCAAACUCCAGGACAUUGAGUCCAGCCUGAGCAUGGACACCAUGUCUAACUGGCACCCGAGUCUCCAGGAGGGUCUGUUGGAGCUGUCUCUGCCAAAGUGCUCCAUAUUGUCCGUGACCGAUCUUCACGAGCUGCUGACCAACAUGAAUCGGGACAUCGAAGCCAAACUGUUGGGCUCUCAGGCUGAGUUCAGUCAACUCAGCAACGCCCAACCCUUCACUGUAGAUAAGGCGGUCAAUACUGUGCUGUUUGAGAUGUCAGAGGAAGGAGCAGAACCUCAGGACAAGACACAGGAAGCGGGCGUCCCUCUGAAGCUGUCCAUCAACCGGCCUUUCUUCUUUUCUGUCAUAGAAGGAGAUUCUAAUGCCAUCCUCAUGCUGGGCAAGAUCACAAACCCCACAGCUUAAACUCACACGGUGUCAAAAACCAACAAACACCUCGGACGUAAAAAAAUGACCACAGUAUCAGACCCAUGUCCUGCACACGGUGUAAACGUCUGCAGGGGUUUUUAAGUGUUCAUGACAAAUCUAGCUACAUUUUUCCAGUGUUAUUUCCCACCCUUUCCUCUCCAGUGGAGCGUGAUGUCUCAGUAUUUAUGAAAACCUGUUACUUUAAAGCCCCUAAGUCGUUUUCAAGCUGCCUAUUAUGACCCCAAUUGUUCUUCUAAUUUAUAAUAAUAGCCAACGUCUGUAUAGAGCCACAUUGCGUAACUAAGAGUUUAUUUUUUGUUUCACUACGAUCUGUGAUUGCUUUGAAUAAAACAUCUGUUUCCCAACA